AUGCCUCCUAUACGUGCGCCCUCCAAUCUACCAAGUCUAGUAAAAUCCGCCUUCACCAAAGCAAAACAAGCUGGCGAUCUGACGUACUACCCCACCCAAGUCGCGGUCUUGGAGGCGAACUCAAUCCCGUUCCAACUCCGCUUCUCGCCCUCUCUAGCGUCGAAGCCCAAACCCGAAAAACCAAAGGACAAAGAUGCCAAGCCCUUCAACCCCUUCGAGAAUCCCCUCCCCUCCAUGACGAUAUCAGACAUAGGCGACCCCCCAACUCACGUACUAGUCCUGAACAAAUUCGCCAUCGUGCCGGAGCAUUUUAUACUGGCUACGAAGCGGGUCGAGCCGCAGACUCAUGUAUUGGCGAAAGAGGAUAUCGAAGCGGCUUCGGCGUGUGUGAGGGCGUAUGCUGAAAAUGAUCAAGACGGAGGGAAAGGGAAAGAAAAGGGAUUGUUCGUUUUCUUCAACUCUGGCGAGCACUCGGGGGCCAGUCAGGCGCAUAGACAUUUACAGAUGUUGCCGAUUGAAAGAAUGAGGGAUGGGUUGGAUAAGACGGGGGAAGGGGAAGGGGAAGAUUGGGGAGUCUUAACCGACAAACUCCUAUCCCACCCCAAGCUGGGCACGAAAUUGCCCUUCGCUGUAUUGACGCACGCCAUCUCAUCCAAUACUACACCAGAGGAUCUGCAUACUGCCUACCUCACUCUCUACCGCCGCGCCGUUAAACUAGUAUUCCCCCAGAAAAACGAAGCCGACAUACCCAGCGAAGGCAAGGCGGAAAUCAGCUACAACUUCGCCAUGACCAAUACGAUCAUGGCGUUGUGUCCGCGGCUGGCCGAGGGCACGGCGAUUAGGGAUAGGGAGGGGAAUGAGGUGGGUUAUAUAGCGCUUAAUGGGACGGUGUUAGCGGGUACGGCGCUCGUGAAGAGUGAGAAGGAGUGGGAUGCUUUGAGGGGGGAUCCGGGGAUGUUGGUGGGGGCUUUAGAAAAGAUUGGGGUGUUGUCAUCGCCGGGGGCUGGGGAGAGGAGUGGGAAUUUAUGA